AUGGACCCUGCCACAUCCUCGUGGGACGCGCAUCGCGAUGUCGAGGCCGUCUUUAUCGCGGACGGCCGAUCCGUGCUGCAGUUCCGCCCGCGGCCCCCCGCGCCCGCCGCCAUGAUGAUCACCGACGACUCGGGCCUCUCCGAGGAAGCCGCUUGCGGCGGCGGCGGAGGCGGAGGCGCAGGAGGCAGCGGCGUGGACGGUAAUGGCGGCGGCGGUGCGCGAGACUGGUUGAUCAUGGAUCCGAUCCUUCAAGUGGAGUCGGACUGCCAGGUCCACCGUGUUGGCUCGCAUGGCUUCAUCCUCGUGCUUCCCUCGCCAUCGCCCGCCUCGCAACCGCGCCAGUCCCCGUCCGCGCGCCCGCCGCCGUAUCCCUCCGCCUCAUCCCCCGCGCCCCCGUCGCCCGCGGUCGCGACGGCCUACUCCAUCCGCUUCCUCCUCUCCUCGCAGGCGGACGCAUUCUCCCGCGCGCUCUCCGCCUGGCAGUCCGCUUCCCGCUCCGCGCCCUCCUCCUCCGCCGCCGCUGCCGCUGCUACUACUGCCACGGGCGGUGCUGUUGCCAAUGCUACUGCUGCUGGUGCUGCUGGUGCUAACAGGGCAGCAGCAGCAGCAGGGGGAGCGGGAGCAGGGGCGGGCAGCGCGGAUUGCGAAGGAGGCGGCGUUCCGAACGGGGUAGCCGCAGGGGAAGCGCGAGAGGAACCUGCCGGGACCGGCACUUCUGCUCCUUCCACUGCCGCAGCUGCUGGUAGCGGCGGCGGUGGUGGCGGCGAGGAGGGCGCGAGUGCGUUUGACCGCAAGAUAGAGGCGUCGAGUGCUAAGAUGUACUUCCAUUACUACGGCCAGCUGCUGCACCAGCAGAACAUGCUGCAGGACUACGUCCGCACAGGCACGUACUACGCGGCGGUGAUGGAGAACCGCGCGGACUUCGAGGGGAAGAUCGUGGUCGACGUGGGCGCGGGCAGCGGCAUUCUCAGCCUCUUCGCCGCUAGGGCGGGGGCGAAGCACGUGUACGCGAUCGAGGCGAGCAACAUGGCGCACCACGCGUCCAAGCUCGCGGCGGGUAACCCGCUGCUCGGCCAGAACAUCACAAUAAUACACGGCAAGGCGGAGGACGUGUCGCUGCCCUUCCAGGCGGACGUACUCAUCUCCGAGCCCAUGGGCACGCUGCUGGUGAACGAGCGCAUGCUGGAGACGUACGUGAUCGCGCGCAACCGCUUCCUCAAGCCCGGGGGGAAGAUGUUCCCCAGCGCUGGCAGGAUCCACGUGGCACCGUUCUCAGACGAGUACCUCUACGUGGAGAUGGCCAAUAAGGCGCUCUUCUGGCAGCAGCGCAGCUACUACGGUGUGGACCUCACGCCCCUGCAUGGGGACGCGCUCAACGGCUACUUUGCCCAGCCGGUGGUGGAUGCGUUUGAUCCGCGCAUCCUCAUCGCGCCCAGCACAGCGCACUCCAUCGACUUCAGCACCAUUCAGGAGGGCGAGUUAUUCGACUUGGACAUACCGCUGUCCUUCAAGUCCACCAUGGCGGCCCGCCUGCACGGCCUUGCAUGCUGGUUCGAUGUGCUCUUCAGCGGCAGCCCAUCGUGGAGCCCAGACGGCACAGUGGGGGGCGUGUUGCAGUCAUCCAGUGGCAAGCUGGACCUCAAGGAGCCCUUGUCCGCCCCUUCCCCUUCCCCUUCCCCUUCCCCUUCCCCUUCCCCUUCCCCUUCCCCUUCCCCUUCCCCUUCCCCUUCCCCUUCCCCUUCCCCUUCCCCUUCCCCCUUAUCUCAAACCCCCCUUUACGCGCUUGGCAGCCCAUGCAUGGAGCCCAGACGGCACAGUGGGGGGCGUGUUGCAGACAUCGAGCGGCAAGCUGGACCUCAAGGAGCCGUAUUACCGCAUGAGCCAGGCGUCCCUCGCAUGGACGCAGGAGCAGCCGCAGGUGCAGGCGCAGCAACAGACACAGCAGGUACCCCCGCCCCGUACCCUGCACGCGCUGCACCGGGUCUUCUUUUUUUCUCUUCACCUGAAUCGGCUUCGCAUCCCCCGCCUGCCUUCCUCCCUUCCAAUUGGCCUCUUGUAGCCCCCUCCUGUAUUCGGUUGCCUGCUGCAUCUGAGUGGGUUGCUGGGUUUGGUCUGUCUAGCGAUGAUGAGAAGAUCGAUGGGAGGGGAGGAGGGGAGGAGGGGACGGAGGGGACGGAGGGGACGGAGGGGGAGGAGGGGAGGGAGGGGACGGAGGGGGAGGAGGGGUGGAGGGGAGACUGCUGGAGGGUGUGCACUGCCCUGCACACAGCCUCAUGUCUCAAUGCUGCUGAUGCUGAGUAG